GCGGUGGGAGGCGGCGGUCUGUUCUCCGCUGAGGAGGAGCGGGGCAGAGGAGGGAGGCAGCGGGUGAGAGUUCAGAGUUCAGCAGCAGCAGCCCGAGCCCAUGAUUCCCAUAUGCCCUGUAGUUUCUUUCACCUAUGUGCCCAGCCGGCUGGGGGAAGAUGCCAAAAUGGCGACCGGCAACUACUUUGGAUUCACCCACAGCGGGGCGGCGGCGGCGGCGGCUGCGGCCCAGUAUAGUUCUGUUCUCUGGAGCAGCAUGGACCAGCAGCCAGCUUCGGGUGUAGCCUACUCUCAUCCAACUACGGUUGCUAGCUACACUGUCCAUCAGGCUCCAGUAGCUGCUCACACAGUUACUGCUGCCUAUGCACCAGCAGCCGCCACAGUUGCAGUUGCCAGGCCUGCUCCAGUAGCUGUUGCAGCUGCUGCAACAGCUGCUGCAUAUGGAGGGUACCCCACUGCACACACAGCGACCGACUAUGGUUAUACACAGAGGCAACAAGAAGCACCUCCACCACCACCCCCAGCUACUACACAAAACUACCAGGACUCGUACUCAUAUGUAAGAUCCACAGCUCCUGCUGUAGCUUAUGAUAGUAAGCAGUACUACCAACAACCAACAGCAACUGCAGCUGCUGUAGCUGCUGCCGCCCAGCCUCAGCCUUCUGUUGCUGAGACCUACUAUCAGACAGCCCCUAAAGCAGGUUAUAGCCAAGGUGCAACUCAGUAUACACAAGCCCAGCAAACUCGACAAGUGACAGCCAUAAAACCAGCCACACCAAGUCCAGCUACCACUACUUUCUCCAUUUAUCCUGUAUCCUCCACCGUACAGCCAGUAGCAGCUGCAGCUACUGUGGUGCCGUCCUAUACCCAGAGUGCUACUUACAGUACCACGGCAGUUACUUAUUCUGGUACAUCUUAUUCAGGUUACGAAGCAGCCGUGUAUUCAGCUGCGUCCUCCUACUACCAACAGCAGCAGCAGCAGCAGAAGCAGGCGGCGGCGGCGGCAGCAGCAGCUGCUGCAACAGCUGCUUGGACAGGGACCACCUUCACUAAAAAAGCACCAUUCCAAAAUAAACAACUGAAACCAAAACAGCCUCCCAAACCACCCCAGAUUCACUACUGUGAUGUUUGUAAGAUCAGCUGUGCUGGACCACAGACUUACAAAGAACAUCUAGAAGGGCAGAAACAUAAAAAAAAAGAAGCCGCAUUGAAAGCCUCACAGAAUACCAGCAGCAGCAACAACUCUACUCGUGGGACUCAAAAUCAGCUACGUUGUGAGCUCUGCGAUGUGUCUUGUACAGGAGCAGAUGCAUAUGCUGCCCACAUUCGUGGUGCUAAGCAUCAGAAAGUGGUUAAAUUACACACAAAACUUGGCAAACCCAUUCCUUCAACAGAACCAAACGUUGUUAGCCAAGCUACUUCUUCAACAGCCGUGUCUGCUUCAAAACCAACUGCCUCUCCUUCAAGCAUUGCAGCAAGCAAUUGUACUGUGAAUACUUCAUCAAUUGCAACUUCUUCAGUGAAAGGUCUUACAACUACAGGAAACUCGUCUCUUAAUAGCACAGCCAACACUAAAGUAUCAGCAGUGCCUGCAAAUAUGGCUGCCAAGAAAACAUCUACACCCAAAAUAAACUUUGUUGGUGGUAAUAAGCUGCAAUCAACAGGAAAUAAAACAGAAGACUUAAAAGGAACCGAAUGUGUUAAAAGCACUCCUGUCACUGCUGUACAGAUCCCGGAAGUAAAGCCAGACACAGUGUCAGAACCAGUCACACCUGCGUCCCUUGCUGCUUUGCAGAGUGAUGUGCAGCCGGUGGGCCAUGAUUAUGUGGAGGAGGUACGAAAUGAUGAAGGAAAAGUAAUUCGAUUCCAUUGCAAAUUGUGCGAGUGCAGCUUUAAUGAUCCCAAUGCUAAGGAGAUGCACUUAAAAGGGCGAAGACACAGACUUCAAUAUAAAAAAAAAGUAAAUCCAGAUCUGCAAGUAGAAGUAAAACCCAGUAUUCGAGCAAGAAAGAUUCAAGAAGAGAAAAUGAGGAAGCAAAUGCAGAAAGAGGAGUAUUGGCGAAGAAGAGAAGAAGAGGAACGCUGGAGAAUGGAAAUGAGACGUUAUGAAGAGGACAUGUACUGGAGAAGAAUGGAGGAAGAACAACAUCAUUGGGAUGAUCGCCGCCGAAUGCCUGACGGAGGCUAUCCUCAUGGUCCCCCAGGCCCACUAGGCCUUCUGGGAGUCCGACCAGGCAUGCCUCCUCAGCCACAGGGGCCGGCGCCCUUACGUCGUCCUGACUCAUCUGAUGAUCGUUAUGUAAUGACAAAACAUGCAACCAUUUAUCCAACUGAAGAGGAAUUACAGGCAGUUCAGAAAAUUGUUUCUAUCACUGAACGUGCUUUAAAACUUGUUUCAGACAGCUUGUCUGAACAUGAGAAGAGCAAGAGCAAAGAGGGAGAUGAUAAGAAAGAGGGAGGUAAAGACAGAGCUUUAAAAGGAGUUUUGCGAGUGGGAGUAUUGGCAAAAGGAUUACUUCUCCGAGGAGAUAGAAAUGUCAACCUUGUUUUGCUGUGCUCAGAGAAACCUUCAAAGACAUUAUUAAGCCGUAUUGCAGAAAACCUACCCAAGCAGCUUGCUGUUAUAAGUCCUGAGAAGUAUGACAUAAAAUGUGCAGUUUCUGAAGCGGCAAUAAUUUUGAACUCAUGUGUGGAACCCAAAAUGCAAGUCACUAUCACCCUGACGUCUCCAAUUAUUCGAGAAGAGAACAUGAGGGAAGGAGAUGUAACCUCGGGUAUGGUGAAAGACCCACCGGACGUCUUGGACAGGCAAAAAUGCCUUGACGCUCUGGCUGCUCUACGCCACGCUAAGUGGUUCCAGGCUAGAGCUAAUGGUCUGCAGUCCUGUGUGAUUAUCAUACGUAUCCUCCGGGACCUCUGUCAGCGAGUUCCAACUUGGUCCGAUUUUCCAAGCUGGGCUAUGGAGUUACUGGUAGAGAAAGCAAUCAGUAGUGCUUCUAGUCCUCAGAGUCCUGGAGAUGCGCUGAGAAGAGUUUUUGAGUGCAUUUCUUCUGGGAUUAUUCUUAAAGGUAGUCCUGGACUUCUGGAUCCUUGUGAGAAGGAUCCCUUUGAUACCUUGGCAACAAUGACUGACCAGCAGCGUGAAGACAUCACAUCCAGUGCACAGUUUGCAUUGAGACUCCUUGCAUUCCGCCAGAUACACAAAGUUCUGGGCAUGGAUCCACUACCCCAAAUGAGCCAACGUUUUAACAUCCACAACAACAGGAAACGAAGAAGGGAUAGUGAUGGAGUUGAUGGAUUUGAAGCUGAGGGGAAAAAAGACAAAAAGGAUUAUGAUAACUUUUAAAAAGUUUCUGUAAAAUCUGCAGUGUUAAAAGACAACAGGUGCCCAUUUGUUGGCUGUUUUUCAUUCAUAAUGAUGUCUACUUUGAAAAAAUUAUCAAGAAUUUAAAGAAUUUCAUGGAAGAACCAAGUUUUUCUGAUAUUAAAAUCUUUUAAUGUACAGUGUUAGGUAUUAUAUGAAUGGAAAGACACCCCCCAAAAAUUGUGCUCCAACUAGGGGAAAAACAAUUGUUCUGAUUUUUUUUCCCAUUAUUUUUGGUUUUAUUUACUGGUUGCCCUAGCUCCCCCUAUAUUUGUGUCUUUUAUUAACUAGUCCUAUUAAAUCUUUACUAUAUUUAAUGCA